AUGGAUAUUAAAGAUUCGCGAAGUGAGUCUACUCUUGGAGAUCGAAUCAACGAUGGUAUCAAGUUCCCUGCAAACAGCAGCGUUCCAUCAUGCAACAGAAACAAGCCAUACCAAGAUGUCACUUCAAACCAGUUGGGUAAAAUGGAUGUACCGACACGGCCUUGCGCCGUUAUAGGGCCGGACAGAGUAUUGCCGCCAUUAAUCUCAAAUGAUUUAAAAAAAGGUGCCUACGAAUCAUGGUCGUAUGCAGAGAAUCCAUACCAAUACCCACCAGAUUAUCCUCACAAAACAUCCAAUUACCAAACUCCAUUAAGAAAUAUAUCACCUCGUCAAACAUUCCAGGAAAAUAUGCAACGCAUCAUGGUGCCACCAAGCUAUCACACUGGGAGAAUAAAUGAAGAUCCCAGUUUAAUUCAGAAAAAUAUGAAAUCAAACAUUCCUGCCGAAACCAAAUAUUGUGAUGUGCCUUAUACUAUUAAUAACUUAAAUAAUGACCAAAACAGUGUUCGGAACACAGAAAUACGUGCAUCAAAUGUUAAUCCAGUGCUUGCACAAACUGCUCCCAAUGGGUGGCCACCAAUUGUAAGGACAGGGAAGCCUUAUAGUGGGCCAGAACUGUAUCAGUAUCCUGAUUAUGCAAGUUGUGCUGGUCCUAGACCAGUGCAGAUAAAUAGGCAACAUAGGACAACUCAUGAAGAUCCCGGGCUUGUAUAUGCAGAUCUGUAUGGCUGUGAUGGUAAUAAACGUUAUCAACCGUAUCCAGCAAUCAAGGAACGUUAUCCUCAAACAAGGUAUGAAUAUAUUGGUAAUUAUUCAAACCCAUUCCAUCCAAUGCCACCAUUCCCACCUAAUAAAUAUGAUUUGCAAAAAUCUUUACCCUCACCUUAUAAUCCAUACCCACAAAUUCCUUUAAAAUAUUUUGAUGGCAGAAUAUCUGAACCUAUUGUAGAUGGAUACCAAAGGUCCAAUCCACAAGGUAACUAUAACUUUCCGAUUCGUAACCAAGUAACACAUCCCACUUAUGGGCCAAUGUUAGGAAAUUAUGUUCCAAACAAAAUAUAUCCAUUACCACCAGAAAGUUCUGUUAAGUCUAUAUCUGCAAACAAAUUAUCUUAUGAUAAUAGUAAAGUAUAUGUGGACUAUGUAGAUAAUAGUAGAUCAAAACCAUUUGUACCACCUGAAAACUUUUAUGUAAAUGAAAUAUCAAAACCACAUCAUACAAAAAACCAAUGUAUGCCUAAUUAUCCAACAGUAAACAUGCAUGCACUACCACAUCCAUAUUAUAGAAAAGAAAACACAACUUUUAAAAAUUAUGAAUAUAACAUGACACAUUAUAGAAAUAUGGAUUCAUCAAUGUCUUUAUCAAGAAAUAUGUCUCAAAUCUCACCUCAUACUAUAGCAAUAUCCCCAUCUGAUUCAAAUACUAGCAAUGAUACAAUGCAAACACAUUUGAAUUCUCAAGAAGACUGUGGUUAUGUGAGUCAAUCUCCAACAACAAGCAUACGAAGCAUGGACUUAGGAAUUAAUAGGAUGUCAAGUGACUUUUAUAGACGAUAUGAUCCACGAUUUUUACCAACAACAAGACCAACUAUGAUGUCUAAACCAGAAUUAAAUGCUCCUGGAGGUUCUAAAGAGAAAAAAGGUAUUGAUGUUCGACAAUUUUUGCAAAUGUGGAAUGAAGGCGAUGAUGAAAAUAAUGAAAACUGUAGUAAAGAAAUUACAGUUCCAUCACAUACAAAUGCCGCAAACAAAAUUACUGUUCACAAGGAUCUAGCAAAGAAUCAAGAUCAACUUUAUGUACUGGGAUUAGUAAAUGUUCCAAAUGAAGAUCUUAGUAAAUAUGAUCAUAUUCAAAAAGUUUCAAAAUUGCCUGAAAAUAUUAAAGGUUAUAAUAGUAUUGAAUUACUUAAUCAAUUUGAGGAAGCAAUUGAAUCAUCAAAGAAAAAUAAUUAUACCAUGAAGCAUCCCUCUCAGAGAGAUAUUCGUUACCCAAUGCCUAUAAAAGGGACUGCAUCACAUCAGACAACAGGAUUAACAACACGUUCCGUGUCACCCUUGGAUGUUGAAGCAAAAAUUAGUCAAUCAGUAAUUCAUAAAGAGGUUGGAUGCAAUUUUGAGAUAAAGCCUUGCAGUCCACAAAUGUUAAAUGUUGAAGUAGCAACACCAGCUCAAACUGUUUUAGGAGAAAGAGUCAUAGAAAAAGUAACAAAUCCACUUAUUUUGACCCAACACCGUAUCCACACUGUAGAUGACAUUAACAAAAAUGUUGAUUUGAAUCACAAAGGAGUAAAAUCACUUAGUCACUUAACAUCAAAUGAAGAUUUAAAAAUUCCCAGUUGUAAAAUGGCCAAUACACAGUUUGCUGCAAAUGAUAUUGUAGAAUCAGGAAAAAACAAUUACUCUUUGCAGGAUUUAGAGAGUAAUUCUAGUAUUAGUCUGGCGUCAUUACCAAGACUUGACAAUGACAUUGAAUUAAAUUUUACUGAAGUAAAUCAACAGUUUAUUAAUGCAAAUAAAGUAGAAACUGUUAUUACUACAACCAAAGACUUAACUUCAAUAUCAAAUAAUUCUGAGAAUAUAUUAAAACAUACUACAAACAAUUUUCAGUCUGAAUCGGAAAUAAGUUGUCAAUUUGUCAAAUCUCCUAGCAUUGAAUCAGAACGAGAAUUUUCCAAAUUAAGUAAAUAUAGAAAAAUAAAGAAAGGUUCUGAACUUAAUGUGAAUAAUAUGCAACCAUGUUUACAAACAUUAAGAACGGAUAGUGUGAUUAUUAAAAAUCCUGACAAUUCUAAAAUUAAUGACAAUAAUAAAGACACUCUCUGUCCUGUUAAUAAAUUAACAGAAAACCUUCAAAUUUACCCAGUAAAUUUAUCGCCUAGCUGUAGAAGUCCACUAAAUAAAGUUAAUUCUAUUUCUGACGAACGUCUAGGAGUGGAGGAUAUUGCGAUUGACUUCAGUAUAAGUAAAUCAAAAAAUAUAUGCCCUACAUCCACAAGUCCACCGGAUAAAGAUUUAAUGACUGAAAAGCUAAUGAAUCCAGCAGUUAAUUCAUUACACCCUGUUGAUUUGUGUACUCAAUAUGAUACAGAUUCUUUCACUAAUGAUCAAUCUGAAAAUGUAGACAUUAAACAAGAAAAUUAUCUCAAAGACAGUCAUAAAGAUAAUAAAGAUAGAAGUAAUAGAGUCACAUCUUUAACAGAAAAUGAUCACUUAAAUUUGCCUGCAUUACCAAAUGAAUUUGUAUGUGAACAUAAUUCAACGGAGGAUGUAUCUGGCGCAUUAAAAGUUGUAACAGAAGACUAUAUGCAUGACAAACAGUCUUUAAAUAUAAGAACUAGUACAAAUCAAACCAGUAAUUAUACAAAUUUAGAAGAUAAGUCAAAAUCAAACACGAAAUUAAAUGUGGAUGAUUUACUAAAUAUUAAUGAAACAGUCUUAGGUACUGAUUCGAACGUGAAGUCGGUAUCAGAUAAACAAAAUAUUUCUGAACUGAUGUCAGCAUAUCGUCAAAACACAGUAGCAACUGAGGAUCAAAAAGGAAUAACAGACAAUGCCAAAAAAAAUAUUUCAAAAUUGAAUGUGGAUAUUUCCAAAUUAGACGUUGAAAUUGCUUGUGAAACAUCAAUUAAUAUUGAUCGAAUUCAGAUAAACCGUACCACUGAUGAUAAUUCAGAAAGCAGUAUUCUCAUGGUUAAUGAGAAAGUUGACCCUAAUAAUAUGCUUUCUGAAAUUAUUGACAUUUCCUUGAAAACAAAUACAGAAGGAAAAUCAAGUAAUACUGCUCACAAUGCUUCUAUUGUUCAAGACAUCCCAAAAGACACAGACACUAACAAUUCAACUUGCCGCGAUAUUGUCGCAAUCGAAAAAACAAUAAACAAAUCACAUAUUUCUAUUGUUGAAGAUAACGCAGAAGACAUAGAUUCUAAUACAAUAACUUCAAAAACGGCAGAUUUCUGUAUGAUAAAAUGUACAGAAGAAAUUGAAUCAAAAAAUGAAACAAAUAUACAUGACACAGACAUGGUGCCAAUUUUACAGACAAAUGAUAACCCGUCAAGUUUUACAAAUAUAAUAUCAUCAACGCAUGAAAAAGAAAUUCAUGAUGUGGACCUGAAGAAUUUGAUUUGUAACGAUCAAAAGUAUUCACUAAUUUCAAACAAUGUUGAAAUAUCAACAGACCCUAGUAAAAAUAAUUCACAAGAUCAAAAUAUUCAGCACGUACUUUCAAAACAACUACUUUGUAAACGAAAUGACACAGUUAUAGAACUAAAUAAUACAAAUACUAACGAUGAAUAUCAAUCUGACUCCACAGACAAAGUAUUAGAAACAAUAUGUGUAGAUACGACUGAGCUACAAAAUCAAAGACUAGAAAUGAAACCAACUAAUUUAUAUGACGUUUUGUUAUCGCCCCAUCAAGAUGAAGCAGAAGUCAAUGGUCCAAGUGUGCAUAAUAAGUUAAAUAAUCAUAAUACAUGUUCAAAAAUUAAUACUACGAAUGUAGAUAGUAUAAAAUCACAAAUAAAAAUUCCUAAUAUAAUUACCAACGAAAUUUCAUCAGAAUGUUUUGUAUCUGAAAUUAGUUCUUCAAACAGUACGACUUUUGCUACCUCUAACUUUUCAUUAGAUUCAAAUGUUAAAAUUAUAGUUAAUGACAAAAAUAUAAUACCUGAAGCGAAACUAAUCGAAACGAAUGAAGAUAUUUUUAUACACAAUGAAAAAACUGAUAAUACAAAUUAUAGAAAUGUCGAAAACAAUUCUUUAUGUCAUUCUAUUACAGACAGUGACAUGGCCAAAUCACUCGAUCUAUCUUCUACUACUGAUAUUAAAAAAAUACCUUAUCGUAUUAGGAAAGAACUAUUUUCACCAUGGAUUCAGAAAUUAAUGAUGUGUGAAAACAUUGUAUAUAAUACACUUUCUUCUCAAACCUGUUUCACUAUUAAGACCAAUUUCGACACAAAUAAUACUACAUCUAAUAGUAUGGAGUAUGAGAAUAAAAAUUUUGAGAUAGUAUCGAAUAGUAACAUUCAAGACAUUUCCAUUAUUAAAGAAAUUGUUACUGAUAAUCAGGAGGAGGGUAAUAAUUCUGCAAAUAACGAAGAAAUGUUUUCAGUGCUGCAAGUAAAUGACAGUAGUAAUAAGUUUAAAAAUUUGGAAACUACUGCUCUUUUAUCAAACACAGUUUCAAAACAAAAUUCGGAAUUAUGUGAACAGUCCAUAGAAAGUCCUAAAUUAACAUGUAUAAUUGCUACAGAAAACAUUAUUAAUAUUGAGGAUUAUGUUCAUACGAAUAGUACAUGCACAGAUAUUAUAAAAAAUACUACUGUACUACCAAAGGAAUUAUAUAAAGAACAUGGAGGUAAUGUUGAUAAAAAUUUUGUAAACGUUAUAGAAUAUUCUGUAGAAUCCGAAAAUUUAGGUACAUCCGAAAAAACAUGUCUUAAAAGAGCGUUCUCAGACUCUGCGUUAGAUAGGUUUAAAGACGAUAGUAACGAUGACUUUAAAUUGAAUUGGCAAAGCAAACGAAGAAAAAACAAUUUACAUAAUUUAAUUGAACAACCGUUGUUAGACGAUAAUUUUUGCAGUAUUCAAAAUAUUAGACGAAAUUCUAUAUCUUCUAUAUAUAAUGAAGAGAACGUAUCUAUUUGUAUUCUGAUUGAUAAUAAUUGCAUUAUAACAGAAGAAAAUGAAGAAGAAAAACUAUGCCUUACGGAAAUAUCAGAAGACACGGGUGAUAUGACUAAUAAAGAUUAUGAAAUCACAUGUUCACCCUCCAAAAUAGAAGUGUAUUCCGAAGAUAAUAAAUAUAGACUUUCUGAGUGUGUAGAAAAUAUCGAUGAAUCUUUUGAGGAACAGGAACCAUGGGUAGAGGAUGUAGCUUGCGUGGAAACAGUAGUAAGUGACGAUGUAGUCGAAGAUAUAACAGUUAGUAAUACUUCAUCUCCAAGACAAAUUAAUUCUUCAGAAGAUGAAGAUACUGAAAUUUUUAUUGGUAAUCAACAUAGAGACAAAGUGAAAUAUAUAUAUGGCGAUAAGAUGUGCAACGAUGAUGCUCAAUUUGUUGAAACUUUAUAUCGAACGCCUCAAAUGGACGUCAAUAAAACACUAAUUAAUAGAGAAUGCCAUAUGAUCGAAGAAUUUGAAAAAUGCUUUAAUAAUGAUUCCUUGGAAAAUAUUCUCACCGGAUCAAACCAAGAAGACUAUAAAUUGAACUCUCCCGAUUUAUUGACCACUUUGUCCGUUAAUGUUAAAAGCAUAAGUGAUAUAGAAAGCGUCAGUUCUGCUAGCGUCAUUACUGACAAUGUGGAAUUCAAUAACGAUUUUAAAGACGAAUCAGAGAGAAUCAUACAGUCAAAUGUAUUGAAUAUACAAAUGCAAGACGAUACUAUACAUUCCUGUGAAUCCAGCAUUGAUAAUGUAUUUAAUUAUAAUAAAAAAGAGGACUUCACUACAUAUAACACCUCUAGUUCACCAGAAGUAUCAUCAACUACAUCUGAAGAAAAGAGCUCAACUAUGCUGUUAAAAAUUACUACCUUAAAAGUAUCAAAACGUUCACAAUAUAGUGAUGAUGAAUCUGAAACUAAUAACAAACAAAUAAAUCCAAAACACAUUAAAGACUCCCUUCACUGUAGUAGUGGUAAUUAUAAUGUACCUCCGAGUCGGCCCUUAAUUACAAAAGCAGCCCAGAAAUAUAUUCCCCCUUUAAAAGAAACAUUUCAAGAUCUUAAAAUAAAACUACCAUUACCACAACAUAGUUUAUUGAAACUAAGACAAUUAAAAAUUUUGAAAACAGAACCAAAGACAAAUAAACAUAAUAAUAAUUUAAAAAAAGAAAUUCCAAAGAAACAUAAACCAAAGUUUGAAGAAGUUUUAAAAAGUAUAGAUGAAAUUCAAUUUAAAAUGCUCAAAGAAAAGAGUAAAAAAGUUAAAAAAACAGUUCCCAAAGUAGUGAUAAAAAAGAAUGAAAAUGGAUCGCAUUAUGCUAGUACACCAAAGACGCGCUCCACAUUUAACCCCGACCUAACGGGACGUAAGUGGCAACCAUGGGUAUUUUUAGAAAAAAACAAUUUUAUCGACAAAAUGGCAAUUAAGAGAAAAUCGAAAGCUGUGUUUAGUCACAGAAAAAAUACAUAUGUUUUUGCUGAAAAAUUUCAGAAGUAUAAAUCUAUAGAAAGUGCGAAAUUUGUUAUAUCGCCACCUAAAUUGGAGGAUUCUUCGAGCGGUCAAUUGAAGUGCACUAUCAGAUUAAAACAAACAUAUUGAAAGUAGUUGUUUAACAGAGAUUCUUUUUUGUAACUGUAGAAUGAAUCUUUUCUGUAGGUCACCAAACUGAUGAAAACCACUGAAUGCAUGUAGUGACACAUAUACAUAGAUUUUUGCAAUGAAUAUUUAUAUCCCACCCCGAUUGCUGGUCUUGUUUAUGCAUUCCUAAGAAUUCAACUAUAUAUUUUAAUAAAAUAUAAGUAGUUAACCAUAUUAGUUCACUAUGUAAAUACCUUAGAUAAUUAGAAAACCAAGCCAAAUUCUGUACUAAGUGUGAUAUAAAAACAAAGACAAAAUAUGUAAUAGCUUUUUUUUUGUGCAAUUGGAUCUGAUUUCUAUAGGUUUGUUAAUGUAUUAUCAAAGUUUAUAAUAAUAUUUACUGUCAUUCCAUUUUUGGUAGAUCCUUUUUGUUUUUUAAGUUUACUUAUCAUAAAAUUUGCACAUUUUUGCAUGUGUAUAGCCAUAAUAAGUAUUAUCAUGUGUUUCGAUUAUAAUUUUAUUGAUAUUUUAAAUGUUAAGGUGAUUCUGUUGAAGUGUGUAUAUAGAUUUAAUAUGUUGAGUUUAAAAUUUAUUAUUACUAAGUAUUAAGUAUUUGAAAAACAAUAAGAUGGAUUUCAAAAUAUUUUAUAAGGUCUCGUGUAUAUGUACCUAAACACUAGCUAGAGUUAUUUGUUUUGUUAUUCUUUCAAAAUUUUAUAUGCUGUAUUGGCGCUUUUAAUGCAGACAUAAUAAUCAUAUAUUUAUCCCAUAGUAUUUUUUUUUACUUUUUUUGUGUAUUAGCAUAAAUACAGAUGAUAUCUAGAUAAUUGUUAUUAUGGUUAUGGUCAUUCCACCGGUGAUGAUCACUGAUUGCUCAUGUAAAUUAUAAGCACACAUUAAAAUAACCUGUUCGAAUUGCGAGAUAGGUGUGCUUUUACACUAAAGGUUGAAGUACAAAGAAUGCACACUAAAUAUACCUAAAUCUGUGACUGUUAAUUUUAUUGAAAAUUCCUAAAGAAUGCUUGUUGUUGGUCAAUGGUUUGUAUGUGGUAUUGUAAUAGUAUGGUAUAGUUAUGUAGGGUAAUAAAAUAAUAGCGUGAAAUAACCAAAGCCAAUACUCAAAAUAUAAAGGUUCUUGGAAAAUCCAUGGAUAUUUACAAGAUGUAAUUGUUAUCGAAUUUUCAUAUAUCUACCGAAUAUUUAGACCUAUAUAUAUA